UACAAGUCGUGGGUACCUGGAAAAACAAGUCCUGAUAAGAAACCUGCUGAGUGGGUAGCUUCGUUGGAGUAAAAGUGUAAUCUCACUGCCAUUGAACCAAUCAGUCCCAGCAUCCCGCUACGCCAUAAUCAAGUGACUAACCAUCAUUGUUUAUGAGUCCACACGGAGAACAAGAUAAGCACAUCCCGUCUUCCGAAGCUUAUCAGCGUCUACAAUAGAGAAAGAGAUAGGCACAUCACUUGCACAAAUAUUUUGGACGAAUCUACCUCUGAUAAGCGUUUGGUUCAAGUGCGCAAAAAUCAUCGUUUCUACCCACAUAUACCUAGAUGAAGCAGCUCAGUCGCACGGCACAGUUGAAGGAGUGAAGACCUUUUUUUCCAACCGAGAGGGCAAGAGUUAAAACUUGUUUAUCAACAGGUACCUACCUACCACACCACAUCACACGGUUGUGUGAUAAGGAAGAGACAUCGUCCCUAGUGCGAGCCCCCAGCAGAGGAACGAGUCGAACACGCCUUAGACGGUGUCGUGCAUAAGAAGACGCAAAUUUGCAAAGCAACAUUCUGCUGACGCAAUCGAGUGCCCCGGUUGUGUGGUGGACGCACGACGGGUUCAAGUCUGACUGAGAAAAAGGCAGCAGCGUGGCCAGCAACUGUAACGAGCGAAGGCACUCCUGAAUAGUGCUGGACUGUGCUGAUAAGCAAACAGAGUCGUCAUUAUCGUGCUAAAUCAUUCGUCUUCCAAGUCCCGGUGAAUAGAAGGAACGCGGUUUGAUUAGGGUGAAGAAUCUGUAUUGUUUACUCUAGUGGGCGCAUGAUCUUGAGAACUAAGAUUCGGGGUUUGUAGAGAACAUAAUUUCGGAAAUUACGUCUGACAACAAUAAGCUGAUCGAAAAUGCACGGAAAAGGCGAAGGCAGCGGGUUCAAAACGGGUCUGAUUGACUUCACGGCAGGAUCGUUGGGUGGAGUGGCCCUGGUGUACGUCAGCCAACCGAUGGACACGGUCAAGGUGAAAAUGCAAACCUUCCCAACGCUGUACAAAAACAUGAUCGACUGCACCGUAAACACCUUCAAACGGGAUGGCGUCGUGCGGGGUCUGUACGCCGGAACCCUUCCGGCCGUGGUGGCCAACGUUGCCGAAAAUUCAGUAUUAUUCGCUGCCUACGGAGCGUGCCAAAAACUGGUAGUGAUGGUGGAACGGAAAUCAUCCGUCGCCGAACUGACGGCCCUGGACAAUGCCACGGCCGGAUUCGUAGCGGCCUUCUUCUCGUCCUUCACCCUCUGCCCAACGGAACUGAUCAAAUGCAAACUGCAAGCCCUCCGGGAGAUGCAGCAGAACAAUCUGAAACCGAACGAAAAGGUCCCUAAGGUUUCACCCUUCCUGCUGACGCGGCAAAUUCUACGAUCCGAAGGCAUUCCGGGUAUGUUCCGCGGGUUGACGUCAACGUUUGCGAGAGAAAUGCCAGGGUACUUCUUCUUUUUCGGCGGAUACGAGGCAACACGAGACCUUUUGGCAAAACCGGGACAAUCGAAGGACGAUAUUGGACCGCUGAAGACGAUGGUCGCAGGAGCAGUCGGAGGGGUGGCCCUGUGGACGGCAAUCUUCCCAGCGGAUGUGAUCAAAAGUAGGAUACAGGUGCAAAGUCUGAGGCUCAGCAUGACCCAGGUGGGAGUGGAUAUUUUCCGAAAGGAGGGAGCACUUGCAUUCUACAAUGGACUGAAGCCGACAAUUGUUCGGACAAUCCCGGCCACGGCGGUUCUUUUUGUCGUCUACGAGUAUACGAAAAAGCUGAUGAACGAGUUGUUUGUAUAGAAUUUCUUGUUUUAGUUAUUAAUCUAUUGCGGCCUUUAUACGGGUUAGAAAUAAGUAAUAAAGCAACAACGAUCUAUUGUAGAAAUGGCUGGUUUGAGUUGUUAUUG